GCGGACGGAUGGUGGAGCCGGGAGCGGCCCGCACUUGCCACCGUCCCCGGGAGCCGGAGCGAGCGGGGCCGCAGCCAGGGCAGCGCGAGCCCGGGCCGGGGCCGGGGCCGGGGCCGGGGCGGGCCCGCCAUGAACUUCCUGCGGGGCGUCAUGGGGGGGCAGAGCGCCGGGGCGCCGCCCUCCGGGGCCGAGACGAUUCAGAAACUCUGUGACCGUGUAGCUUCAUCUACUUUAUUAGAUGAUCGAAGGGAUGCUGUACGUGCUCUCAAAUCAUUAUCAAAGAAAUAUCGCCUGGAGGUGGGGUUCCAGGCUAUGGAACAUCUUAUCAAUGUUCUCCAGACAGACCGUUCAGAUUCUGAAAUAAUUGGCUACGCUUUGGACACUCUCUUCAAUAUAGUAUCGAAUGAUCUAGAAGAGGAGGAACAAGAAGAAAAUCCACAAAAACAGGUUGAUGAUCUGGGAAGGCAGUUUACAGAAAUCUUCAUUAAACAGCAAGAAAAUGUCACUCUCCUGUUGACCUUUCUAGAGGAAUUUGACUUCCAGGUUCGCUGGCCUGGAGUGAAACUUCUUACGUCAUUGUUAAAGCAGCAAGGACCCCAGGUGCAGCAGAUAAUUCUUGUCAGUCCCAUGGGUGUCUCGAGGCUCAUGGAUUUACUCGCAGACUCUAGGGAGGUGAUACGGAAUGACGGAGUCUUGUUACUGCAGCAGCUGACAAAAAGCAACGCCGCCAUUCAGAAAAUAGUCGCUUUUGAAAAUGCCUUUGAGAGACUGCUGGAUAUCGUAACAGAUGAAGGGAACAGCGAUGGAGGAAUAGUAGUGGAAGACUGUCUUCUCCUGUUACAAAAUUUGUUAAAGAACAAUAAUUCCAAUCAGAAUUUCUUUAAAGAAGGUUCAUACAUUCAGCGUAUGAAACCUUGGUUUGAAGUUGGAGAUGACAACUCUGGUUGGUCGGCACAGAAAGUAACUAAUCUUCAUCUAAUGUUACAGCUUGUGCGGGUGUUGGUGUCCCCCACAAACCCACCUGGUGCCACCAGCAGUUGUCAAAAAACCAUGUUUCAUUGUGGGUUAUUACAGCAGCUCUGCACGAUCCUGAUGGCAACGGGUGUUCCUGCCGACAUUCUGACCGAGACCAUCAACACUGUGUCAGAAGUCAUUCGAGGAUGCCAAAUAAACCAAGACUACUUUGCUUCUGUAAAUGCACCUUCAAAUCCACCGAGGUCUGCAAUCGUAGUACUUCUGAUGUCCAUGGUGAAUGAAAGGCAACCAUUUGUACUGCGCUGUGCUGUCCUUUACUGUUUCCAGUGUUUCUUAUACAAAAACCAAAAAGGACAAGGGGAAAUCGUUUCAACACUUCUCCCGUCAACCAUAGAUGCUACAGGUAAUUCUGUGUCGGCUGGCCAGCUGCUCUGUGGCGGACUCUUUUCCACGGACUCUCUCUCAAACUGGUGUGCCGCCGUGGCCUUGGCCCAUGCUUUACAAGAUAAUGCAACUCUGAAAGAGCAACUGCUAAGAGUUCAGCUUGCAACAAGUAUUGGUAACCCUCCAGUGUCUUUGCUGCAACAAUGCACCAACAUUCUUUCACAGGGUGAUAAGAUCGACAGACGGGGCAGCAAAGUGCAGACAAGAGUUGGAUUAUUAAUGCUGCUUUGUACCUGGUUAAGCGAUUGUCCAAUUGCUGUCACACACUUUCUCCACAACUCGGCCAAUAUUCCAUUUCUCACUGGGCAGAUAGCCGAAAACCUGGGAGAAGAGGAGCAGUUAGUUCAAGGCCUGUGUGCGCUUUUGCUGGGCAUUUGCAUUUAUUACAAUGACAAUUCCCUCGAAAAUUGUAGGAAAGAGAAACUAAAACAGCUGAUCGAGAAGAGGAUUGGCAAGGAGAACUUCAUCGAGAAACUAGGUUUCAUUAGCAAACAUGAACUGUAUUCCAAAGCUGCUCAGAAACCUCAGCCUAAUUUUUCUAGCGCAGACCACAUGAUGUUUGAUCACGAAUUUACUAAACUGGUAAAGGAAUUGGAGGGUAUCAUAACUAAAGCUAUUUACAAGUCCAGUGAAGAAGACAAACAGGAAGAGGAGGUGAAGAAGACGUUGGAACAGCAUGACAACAUUGUGACCCACUAUAAAAAAGUCAUUAGAGAGCAGGAUCAGCAGCUCGAAGAGUUAAAGCAGAAAGUUAAUACUUUAAAAUCUCAGAACGAACAGCUUCAGACAGCAGUUACGCAGCAAAUGUCUCAAAUCCAGCAGCACAAGGACCAGUAUAAUCUCCUUAAAGUACAGCUAGGAAAGGACAAUCAGCACCACAGUUCCCACAGCGAUAUGCUUCAGAUGAAUGGCAUUCAGCCGGAAGAAAUCAGCAAAUUGCGACAGGAGAUAGAAGAAUUGAAAAAUAAGCAUGAAGUGUUACAGGGACAGCUGAGAGAAAAGGAUUCUGUGAUUGAAAACAUGAAGUCUUUGCAGUCAGAAACAGGAAGAACUGAGCAAUCCUCACAGAUAACUGCUGGAUUGGAGCAUGCUAAUGAACUACAUAGGGAACUAGAAGCCUUGAGGAUCCAGAUACAGUCACAGUCUUCAGACAUCUCUAAACUUCAGUCUGAGAAACAGGAGCUGCUACAACAAAUGAAUACAGCUUCAGUUCCUGCUCUGGGCGACAGCACUGCUGUAAUAGCAGCAAAGAACAGUGAAUUGGAGGGCAGAUUGUUGCAAGAGAUAAAAGAAUUGAAGAGUGAAGUUAAAGCGCUUGCUGAGGAAAAAGCAUUGCUGAAGCAGCAUCUGGACUCAAGCAACAGUACAGCUGCUGUCUUGCAAGAUGAGAAGAGCAAACUCCAACAAGAAGUGGCAGAAUCGAAAAAAGAACAGGACGACCUCCUGGUACUUCUCGCCGAUCAGGAUCAGAAAAUAUUUGCACUAAAGAACAAGCUCAAGGAACUUGGGCAACCGGUGGAAGAUGAGGAUGAUAUUGAAUCUGGAGACCAAGCUGAUGAAGAUGAAGAAGAGGAUGGGGAAGAGGAAGACUAAUAGUGCUUUAGUGUCACCGUGAGAAAAUUAGAGGUUGCAUUGUAAUACAAAAUUAAACUAAUGCUGUUGACCUACAAUGUAAAACAUCCACUUACGGAAGCAAAUGGGGAAAUAAUGUUCUGGUUUUCUGAAGUGAAGUGUUUGGAAACCAUCAUAGGUGAAACAAAAAUCACUGUUAAGUUAAACAAAAGUAUCCCAACUUCUAACCGUUUAGAAGCCGCUUUAGACACUGGUUAAAGCAUGAGGGUGACAAUGCUACUGCCUUAGUUCAUUGUCGUUUACAGAAGUUCUGUGCAUUUGUCUAUCAUUUUAAUGUUUCUUUGGAACUCUAAGGUGAUUAAAUACAUAUGUAUUUGGUUUAACAUCUGUUGAAUGGAAUCAUUGCUUCUACAUUCAGCAUGGAGCUAAUCAGAACUCAUAGGUUCCUUUAAAAUAAGUGGCUAUGUUGGAGGGGGGAGGGGGAGCGGGUGAGUUGGGGAUUGUACACACCCAGUAGCUUCCGGUUCAAGUGUACUAAAACAAAUGGAACUGAACAGUGUUGUGUGCCUUGACGCCUGAAAUGGCUACACCACAGUCUGUACCUCAGCGAAGAAACCCAAGGAAACUGCACCAUUAUGCUAACAAUGAGGAGGGAAUUGCAUAGAAACUUGCAGCAAUAUGGUAGCAUUUCUAAGCCGAACUUCUCAAUAUUUUUAAAAAAACAACCAACCACCACUCAUCCGAAAGAUUAAAUGUGCUACCAGAUCAUCAUAAAUGAUUGUUGUAUUCUUAAGUAAAGAAAUGAAAAUACAACCGAUUUAUGUAAUUUAUUGGCUCUUAUGCAGAGUAGAUAAGAGAAUAGAUUUUAAACGAGCAAAAUUAAUACACAAUGCAUAAAUUUCAUGUUUUGGUAAUAAAAAUAGAUAUGUCCAUUUAGUAUUCAUUCA